AUGUCGCUCUCGUCGGGCUUGACCCUGACCGACCUCUCCGACUACCUCGCACCCUCCCAAGCAUGCAUCAAGCCCGUCACCUACAUCCCCGAAGAGCCCUCGCCCGCCUCGCUCGACAAGCCUGCCGCCGCAGCAUCUGCUGAGAUCAUCAUCGGCGAGGACUCGAGCCUGUACGAGAAGGGCGCAGACGGCGACCGCGGCAAGAAGCUCAAAAAGGCCGAGAUCACGCUCAACGACUGCCUCGCGUGCUCAGGCUGCAUCACGUCGGCCGAGUCGGUCCUCGUCUCGCUCCAGUCGCACGAGGAGGUGUACCGCGUCCUCAAGGAGCAGCCUGACUCGUCGAGGAUGCAGGACCUCGUGCCCAUCCUGUCGGUCUCGCCGCAGUCGGUCGCGAGCCUCGCGGCGCUGUACGACCUGUCGCUCGCGACGACGAUGAGGGGCUUGCGGCGGUUCUUCAAGGAGCGCCUCGGCUUCCGCCUCGUCUUCGACACGACCUUCCCUCGCGCCCUCUCGCUCGCCGAGACCCGCCUCGAGCUCCUCGAGCGCCGCGCCCACUUCCACUCUGCCUCCCCGUCCACCUCUACUCCCUCGCUCCCGGCCCUCUUGAGCGCCGCGACCGCGGCCCUCGCCCCGCCGACCAAGCUCUCGCCCGCGACGUCGGCCGUCGCGCCCCUGCCCGUCCUCAGCUCGGCGUGCCCCGGGUGGAUCUGCUACGCCGAGAAGACUCACGGCGACCUGUUGCCGUUCGUCAGCGGCGUCAAGAGCCCGCAGGCUGUCGCCGGCGUGCUCGUCAAGGGGAGGGUCGUCGCCGGUCGACUCGGACUCAGGCCCGACGAGAUCUUCCACGUCGCCGUCAUGCCGUGCUACGACAAGAAGCUCGAGGCGUCGCGCCCCGACUUUGCGACGGCGCACCCGGCCCCCUCGACCUCGACCUCGACCGAGCCGAUCAGCGUCCGCGACGUCGACCUCGUCCUCACGACGGGCGAGGUCGCCAAGAUGAUUGACGACGAGGGCGUGUCGCUGCGCGCGCUCGCGAGCGGCGGCGAGGGUGGUGGCGAGCGCGAGGGCGAGGGCGAGUACGACGGGCGCGACGAGGAGGCGUUCUUCCCGUUCUCGGACCUGCUCAAGCCGCCGAGGGGCACGUCGUCCGGGUCGUACGUCGCGACGGCGCUGUCGGCGCUCCUCUCGCAGCAGCAGGCCGACUCGCCCUCGCCCUCGCCCUCCUCUUCCGCCCUCGGCGCACCCGCCGGCCCGUCCCAGCCUCGGCCCAUCACGCCCGCCGACCUCCCCUACCUCCGCCUCGACGCCAAGCUCGUCCGCUCCGAGGACUACAUCGAGUACUCGCUCGUGCGUCUCUCGAACCCCUACUCGCCCCCUCCGUCCUCCUCCUCUCCUUCCUCCUCCUCCACCACUACCACGACCACCACCGCCACCAUCGACCCGACAGCCCGUCCCGCCGAGCGCGGCACCGUCGUCGCCCGCGCCGCCAAGUGCUACGGCUUCCGCAACCUGCAGAACGUCGUGCGCAAGCUGUCGCGCGAGGCCGGCGUGUCGCUCUCACGCGGCGCAGCCGGGCGCGCACCGCCUCCCUCGGCGGUGCGCCGCCGCACCGCCGGUGCGGCAGGAGGAGCAGGUCGAGCGGCUGCGGGAGCAGGAGCCGGGCAGGGCGAGCCCGACGUCGAGUUCAUCGAGGUCAUGGCGUGCCCCGGUGGGUGCGCAAACGGAGGAGGGCAAGUCCCGCCACCGCGCAACAGCGCCCGGGCGCGCCGCGCCGGCGAGAGCGUCCUCGUUGGGCGCGCGCGAGCGCUCGACGACGAGGGCAUGCCCGACGUGCAGACCGACGUCGUCGAGGCCGAGCUCAAGCUCGUCGCCGACCCGGGUGCGUCGGCGGCGAUGUGGCUCGGCGAGAGGGAGGACCGCGUGUUGAGCGGCAAGGAGUGGGUUGCAGAAGUGGAGCGGCGGUACUGGAGCGGCGCGGGUGAGGAGAAGGAGGAGGAGAAGGAGGAGGGCGGCGCGCUCGCGCACCUGCACCCGAGCAUCAGGCCGUACGUCGCCUUGCUGCCCUCGGCGACCGAGGCCGACGCGCUGCGGCGCGUUGUCGACGAGCUGCUCGGCGGCGGCGGCGGCAGCGGCGCAGGCGAGGUGGACGGCGAGGGUCCGAGCGGGUCGGCCGCGACGAAGGACGAGCGCCGGCGCGAGCUGCUCCGCACGAGCUAUCGCGCCGUGCAGAGCGAGGAGGUCAACGGGCUCGCCGUAGUGUGGUGA